AACAUUCCGUCGUAAACAACAUUAUUAUGUACCCAAACGUCAUUUGCACUAGACCUUGUACUCGUACAAAUGUAAUCAGGUCAAAUUAUUAUGAAGACGAUUAUGACACUGAUAAAUCAUAUACGUCUUCUAAAUAUUCUGAAACUUUUUAUAAAGAUAUUAAAUGUCAAUCUAGUCAGACAGAUUUAAUUCUUAUCGAUAAAUCUACCCCUUCCAUUUAUAGUUGGCAACGUAGCUCUAGCUGCAAAGAGUUUAAUUCAUCUAGGUCUUGUUCUGGAGAAACUCCUCCUGUUGAAAAUGAUGAAGUAAAUUCCUCAUUUGAUAGAAAUAGUUCAGUAGAUCAUCCUAUUACAAAAAUUUUCUCAAGUAGUUACCCAGGUACAACUUCUAGUUUAUCAACUGAAAGUGGUAGCGAUCGUAAACUUGAAAUUACUGGUAAUGUUAGAAUAUUGCCAGAUAUAGAUGAUAUGUACCAAGAUGAUAUUAGUCAAGAUUCAUAUGAGUUAUUAGAAAAAGAAGUAUUUAAUAAUACUAUUAGUGAUGAUGAAGAUGAAAUAUUUUAUGUUGAAAAUGAUAAUAAAGAAAAUACUUUAGCAAUUGAAAAACGACUUGGUUAUUUAGAGCCCAAAUAUAGAGAUAUAGAGUUCAAUAAAUUUAAUGAAAUUUGUAAAAAAGAAUUAGCUUCCAGAAGUAAAGAACAAAUUUUUACUAAUAAUACAAUUCGAUUCAAUGCUUUUGAAAACAAAGGUGAAACUGGUCAUAUUCCUGUGGAACGAACAAAAAGUGAUUCAUAUAUGAGUGCUCCUAAACAUAAAUCUCAUAGACUAUUACAUCAAAAAUCUAUAGACUUGACACCUCUUGAUAAUUUUGAACCUAGCAUUGUUAAACUAGAUUUGGAUAUACCUUAUAUAUUACAUAAACGACACACAAUUGAGGGUUCACCUAAUGAAGAGAGUACAGUGAAAUGGUCAACAAUUAAGUGUGGUUCAGAUCAUUAUUCUCAAGAUUCUGGUUUAUCAUUAUCAACACAAUCUACUGGUAAUAUAAGUGUCGAAGAUGACAGUCCGGUUGAUUUAGAUGCACUUUUAUUAAAUAAAUAUCAUGAUGAUGUAGUAACCACAUCUAAAAGUUCAGAGCUUAUUCAAAUGGCCUACAAAUCAACUUCAUUCAAUGAAUCUGAAAUUAGACCAUCUUUUGGUGAAAAAAACAACAAGUUGAAGUCUUGUCAUAGUGCCGACAGUGUACCUGUAAAUAAAGGUAAGAAAAUUUGUUACCAACCUCGUAGUGCAGAUAAUGGAUUAAAAAAAGAAGUGGAAGUUAUAAAAAUUGAUCCUGAUGAAAUAGAGCCUAAACCUGAAGAAAUAAUUAUUGUGGAAUAUAGAGGGGGUAAAGGUAAAAAAAUAAGAAAGGACUCAUUGGGCAGUAAAGAUAACAAGAGUUUAGGAUCAGCUUCUACAUCCAUUGCUUCAAGUUCACCUGGAAUAUCUCCAGAAAAACGUAUUACAAAUAGCCCAAAAAAAGAUAAAAAUUUUAAGUCUUCUGUUGUUAAAGUUAAAAUUGCUUCUGCUUUAUCAUCUAAUUCUAUUCAUGUGGUUCCAAAUGUUGUGAUAAGCGAUGAUGAUAAUAAUAGAGUGAAAAACAAUAAAUUAAUGGAGUACAACGCUCUUCCUGAUAUUGUAUCUAAUUCUGUAAAGUACUCUCAUUCAAAUGUAACUGUACAUAGCGAAAUACAAAAAGUUGAAAAUAGCUGUGUAAGAAAAGACGAAGAGCAAGUUGUUCCUGUCAGUAACAGUUCUAAUGAAAUAAAAAUAAAAUUGAAUAAUGCAUUAUCUAGUAUGUUAGUUUCACAACAAACUGAAGUACCACAAUCAAGGGAUGCUGAAUCUAAGGCUAUUAAAAUUAAUAAAUUCCAAUCUUUAGCAACAAAAAUAGCUGAUUCUAGUGGAUUAACUACUUUAAAAAAAGAAAAAUUACCUUCCGAAUUAUUGGGAAAAAUAUUACCCGAUAAAAUAUCUCAAAAUCGAGAAAAAUCUCCAAUACUUUUUGCUAGGUUAGGUUUAUCUGAAGGUUCAGCAUUUCCAAAUGUAUCUGGUCAAAACCAGUCACAAAGGCGAGCAAUAUCCUUGGAUUCACCAGUUGUUUCCUUGCAUCAACUUCCUUUAGUUACGUCAUUUUCUAGUAAAGAUGAUACAGUUGAUAACGAAAAUGAGGUAGAGUUGGAAGAAAAACCAAUUAAAUGGUGGAACAUUAAAGUUGAUGAGACUGUUGUAGAAUGUCUUACAUAUUUGAUUAAUACUGUUGUUAAAGAAUCUGACGAAUAUGAUAGUAUAUCAUUGUCACCGAGCGUAACACCAGAAAGAAGACGUUCAAGUACUAGACAAGAACGUUUAGAUUCUUUAAAAAAAUUAAAAAAUUUUGAAAUUUGGGAUUCUGAAGAAUUAAAUUUGGCAUCAGUUAUUGAUUAUGAACAUAAGGAUUUUGAAGAUGAAACGUUUUUUGUAUCUGAUAACAUUUGUGCUCCUAAUGCUGAUAUAAUAAACCAAAAUAAUAAAUCUAAUAACAAAUGUUCAACUGAUGAUGAUUGGGUGUCUGUCGAUGAUUCAGGAAGUAGUGAGGAAAUACCAUUUAAAGAACUUGACUCACAAAGUUCAGAUGAAACAAAACGUACAACUCAAAAAACAGGUCAGAGUGUUUCAGAAAUUAUUGAAGAUACAGUAAUCGAAGCAGAUAACUUUAUAGUAGAUAAAAAUGAUCAAAGUGAAAAAGAGCCUGAUCCUAAUUCAGAUGUAUUUAUAGAAGAAAUUGAUCAUGCUGAAUUAAUUAAUAAAUUAGGCUGUAUUGAAAUACCACCGAAGUUAGAACCUAAACGACAUCAUAAGCUUUCAUUAGAAAGUUCUGGUAGUUCAAGUCUUGAUGAUCCACCUCAUAUGGAUGAUAUGAGUGGAAACAUUGCUGAUGAAGAAGAUGUUACGUCUAGUCCUUUACCACCAACUCCAGAUGUUACUUAUUCUGGUAUGUAUCUCAUAGGAUAUGGUAUAUAUGGCAUGUCACGAACAUUGUCUAGAAUAAGCGAACAAAGUACAUCGGAAAAAUCUGAGAUUGAUGAUGAGUUAUCAACAAAAUAUUCUACUCAAUCAGCAUCAUUAGAUGAUUCAAUACUGUCUAGUGAUUGUCAGCCAAGUUUAUGUUCUGAUGCAUUGGAUAGUUUACCAGAUUUACCACCAUUACCAGAAGAGUAUGCAUUUGAUAUUCCUCCACCAGUUGAACAAUGGCCUUCUCCUAAAAGUGAAGACCUUACACCUGUCGAACAAAAACAUUUUGAUGACGAUGAAGAUGCAAAAACAAUUCAUAAUGAAGAUUUUAUUGAAGAAGAAUCAGAAGGACCACGUCGAGUACCAUCUACUAACAAACCUAGAUUAUCAUUUGGUGAUGAUACUUCAGCUGGUGUUUCUACAUCAGAAUUUUCGAGUAAUGCUACAAUACUUCACCACUAUGAUAGUGUUUGUCCACCUCCAGAAUUCUUGAAUAAAGAUUCUGAUGAAUAUGAUUCCCCAUUUACUGAGUCUGAUGAAUCAAAAUUCUACCGGCCACCACUACACAUGUUUGAACUACCAAAGACCAGUAUGAAAACUAGAAAGAGUCGUAUGGCACAUGGUCCAGCGUCAUUGGAUGCAUCAGGACCUAAACCAAAAAUAUUAGCUUCAAGAGCUCGUUGCCAUUCAUAUUUCUCAUUAACUCGCAGUCCUCCUAGUGACGCUUCAUCAUCUUCACUUGAGGCUCAAGAGCCACCUAAUGUGCCAAAUACAAUACCUAGAGCUUCCAAAAGAAGACGUUAUACACAUACUUUAAAGAGAAAACCUAAAGUGAUUCAAAUUACUAAAGUAUAGAUUGAAUUUUUCAAUAUAAGUUAAUGUUAGUGAUAAAUAUCCAAACUUCCAUUAAAUUACAACAAAACAAUUUUGAAGCAAAUUUUUAAUUUAUAAUGGUAUAUAGGGUGUAGAAUAACAAUUAUUAUUGUGUUUAAGAAAGUUAAUGACAACAAAGACAUUACUAAAUCAUUGUUUUAGUGUUCACAUGGUAUAUUAGUAAUUUUUCUUUAAUAUUUAUGUUUUUAUAGAUU